AGUCCGAUAAACAUCCUAGCGCCGAGCAGAAGCAAUCAGAGGAAGCACCCACCACCUGCAAAGUCCGUCGAAGGAUUUGUUUUUUUUUGUUGUUGUUGUUGUUGUUUUAGUGCUUGCUAGUCUGCUGUUGCGCCGCAAUGGGCAACCAGCUGAGUAUGACUAGCAUCCAGGAUGCGGUCAUGGAUCGCCUCAGGUCGGUGGCCCUAACCACCGACGAGAACGGAGCGAUGCGCAUCCGUUCCUUUUCCGAGGGCGGAGUGGGAGGCACCGCGGGCCACCAUCACCAUCAGCACUGCAGUGGACGCGGUGGGCGCAUACUGCGCGAGAGCAGCAUCGAUGGGGGCGUUGCUGUCUUCGAUGCCCUGCUGCGCGACGAGCACGAGCAUCGUCUCAGCCUGGACGCGAUGCAUCGGGUGCGUCAUGUGCGCACCUCUUGCACGACGAUUCCCGAGGAGGAAAUCCCGCACGAGGAUUUACAUCCACUCCAUCCUUCUACGGCCCAAGCCCCCUCCUCGGAGGAAGUGGCAUUAAAUGAGAGCUAAAUCGCUGGCUCU